AUGAACAUACGCAUUUACUAUCAUUUGGCAUGCCUCAGCCUGUGCAGUGCCACGAUUUUCCAUGGUCACUCUUCAGAUACUAAUGAUUUUACUAGGCCAUUGUUGUCGCAAGCCAUUAAUGAAGAUUGGCUAGGAUUAUCUUUGGGGAAUGAGAUUACUGAGGCUAGGCAGGAAGGUAUCAGCAAAUGUUCUAGCAGCCCCGACUCUUCCAUACAUCUGAGUCGUACCUAUGGGUUCCUCAAUGACGAGGAAAGAGCUGUAACACAGAAGUGUGCAAUUUUGAAAAGGAUAAGGUACAAUGCUUCACAAUGGUGGAAGAACAACCUCAAUCUUUUUUCAAGGAUGUACACAUCCGAUCAUCACUCGAUAUACUUUGAUCUUGUCGAAAGCGUGAUUCGACAAUCAAACAACCAAUUCAUGGUGUCCCUCGCCAAGAACAUGCGAAAUUUUCAAUUUGACCUUCUCUCAAAUACGAUGUUUCGGAGCUCGACAAACAUCAACGAAAAUAUCAUGAUCUACUCAAUCUAUCUGGCUCUUGCUGCGCUCGAGGAUAGUGCACUGUUGGCAAAAGAAAGAUACUGGGUACUUGGGAUCCUCGAAUGUAUAAAAUGCAACGCUCGCAAAAUCUCAAAAGACUCCAUUUAUAAUUUACAUAACAAGGACAGAAUUUCGCGAGGGGAGUUGGAACUAUACCUGAUCGAGGGCAAGAUUAAGGCCGAGAAAGUCAAAGAACUUUGGGAAUAUCCUGAAGCGGAAGAUAUAGACGAUGAUAUGAGGGAAGUCUUGAAAAGAGUUGAAUUGUUGAACAAAAUGUUUGUCGAGUCCGAGACGACCUCGGAAGCACCAAUAGUAGCAGAAUUCAAGAACGUUUACGAUCAAUUGCUAGUGUCUAAGCUCCCACUCAAGCGGCAACAAAUUGCAUCAAUGGUCAAGAAUAUCAAGAGAUUGAUUGUUGAAAGUGAUGUUCCACCCAAGCAAAAGGCUCUUAUACAUGAGCUUUGUUGGCAUCUUCAUACACAUAGCAAGACUUUUGGAAAGAAUUUGGAGCAUAUGAUACUUAUUGACGAAGAAUUCCAGGAUUGUUUUCACAAAAUUCGUGCCAAGGAGAGUUUGAAUUGGAUCAUAAGAAGCUAUGAUUCGAACACCAGAAUGAGGAAGAUUCUUCUACCUUUUGCCAAAUCAGACACUAUCACCGCCGACCAACUCCAACUUAUAUUGAUACAAUCUCGAAAUUAUCUCUUCAAUGACUCAGAAAGAUGCAAAAUAUUUGAGGCUGUGGUAGCCGCAAGCACAUUGAACAAUGGAUUGUUUGAGAAUAUUUCAACGAAGCUCUCUAAGCAUGCACAAUUGCCGUGGGAAGUUGUAGAACUUGCAUCUCGUUUUGACGUAGACCCAGAUUUCCCCGGAGCGGCCACUUUGGAUUUUGAAUACCUGAUCUUCUUGAAACACCCAGGAUUACUUGAUGCCGCUCAAAGGGCACGCUAUGUCGAGGUCCUGUAUGAAAGUAAAAAUAGAAGACUCACAAUGGCUGAGAGGCUUAUGAGCAGUUUGUCAUGGAUCAAAAAUUCAAAAAAUGAAACCAGCUCCUGCAAAGCAUUUGAUGCGAUGAUGUUACAAAUCUCCAAUCAAUAUGAAUCAGAUAGAAAAUCUCAUGUAUUAAACUUGGAAUCUCUACGUCAUAUCUUCAAGACCGCACAAAGGCGGAUUGGAAAUAAGCUGAUAAAACGUAUCCAAACCGAUAAGAUCUUGGCAGAUCAUUUGAAAGAAGUUUCCAAUGAUAUUCUCCUUGGGAUCGUAAAAACAAGCGGAGUUUCUGAGGGUCGUGUUAAAAAUUUCGCUGAAUGGUUAAUGAGCAUCAUUGGGUAUCAUUACCCUUCUCCUGAAUACCAUAUGCGCCCCAUGAAGUCAAUAGAGCGAUGGUAUAGUAUUGGGAAAUAUUAG